AUGUCUCGCCCGCCGACUUCGAGCAAUCAACCGCUGCCGGCAAAAGAAUUGGGCACUUUUCGCAGGAUUGUGAAAUGCUACGAAAACAAGCAAUUCAAGAUAGGUUUGAAGCUUUGUAAGCAAGUUUUGGAUCGUAAGGAGUUUGCAGAGCAUGGAGAAACGCUGGCCAUGAAAGGGUUGAUCCUCAAUUGUUUGGGAAAAGAGGCGGAAGCACUUGAAACUGUGAAGCUUGGCUUAAAGAGAGACGUUGGAUCGUAUGUUUGUUGGCACGUUUAUGGUCUUGUACUUCGGCAAGGAAAACAGUACGAUGAGGCUCUAAAAGCCUAUAAAAUGGCUUUGGCACGAGACAAAGAAAAUCAGCAAAUUUUGAGGGACUUAUGUCUUUUACAAAUUCAAGUUCGCGAUUAUGAAGGCUACAAGGACUCUCGAUACCGCCUAUUGAAGUUAAGGCCACAAAUCGCUUCGUGGUACGGUUAUGCAACUGCUUUCCAUUUGCUGAAGGAUUACCCAAUGGCACUCAGCAUCAUCGACGAGUAUAUGCGCUGUUACCCGGGAUUUGCAAAAGCUGAAUCGAAACAAGGAAAAUCCGACGCGUUUGCGCGAUCUGAACUGAUUCUCUAUCAGAACAUGAUAAUGCGAGAAGCCGGUCAAUAUUCAAAAGCAUUGGAACUUCUUGAAGAAAAUGCAGCAUUGGUCAUUGAUCGUCGAGUAUAUCAUGAAACACGCGGAAGCCUGUUGUUGAGUCUUGGUCAAAACGAAGCUGCUGCUAACGUUUAUCAAAUGUUGCUAAAGAGAAAUCCUGAAAAUUUGGACUACUAUAAACAGCUUGAAGUUUGUAUGGGACUAACGGACGAUGAUAUUGAUGCAAAGCUGAAGUUUUACGACGAUUUGGCGAUCAAGUUUCCACGGUCUUCAAUUCCACGUCGAGAACCACUUUAUUUCGCCGACGCUAAAGAACUUCGGUUCCGUUUAUUGGUCUGGAUCGUAAACAUGUUGCGAAAAGGAGUUCCUUCGUUGUUCAAGAGUUUGAUUCCACUAUACAAGGAUCACGCAAAGGUUCAAGUGUUGGAAAGCGUUUUGAAGGAGUUCAUUGGAGAAAUUGAUAAACGGGGAUACAAGAGAGCGUGUUUCACUCGCUGCAAAGGAAAACACGAAUCACCAAGCACAGCUUUGUGGCUUUAUUAUCUUCUUGCUCAACAUUACGAUCGAGUUGGAAAUCAAACAUUGGCUAUGGAGUAUAUUAAUCGAACUCUCGAUCAUACUCCAACAUUGAAUGAUAUGUACAUGGUCAAGGCAAAAAUUGAAAAGCACCGUGGAAACUUGCUCGAGGCGGCUCGUCUUAUGGAAGAGGCUCAGCUUUUGGAUACGGCUGAUAGAUAUGUGAACAGCAAGUGCGCAAAAUAUUUACUUCGUGCAGGCUUAAUCAAAGAAGCUGAAAUGAUGUGCGGCAAAUUUACUCGGGAUGGAACCAAUGCUUCGAUCAACCUGAACGAAAUGCAAUGUAUGUGGUAUGCUCUUGAAGUGGCUCGAGCUGAAAGGUCAGUUUCGCACUACGGCGACGCUUUGAAGAGCUGUCAUCAAAUUGAACAGCAUUUUGUGAAUAUCACUGAUGACCAAUUUGAUUUCCACACGUACUGCUUGCGAAAAUCUACCCUGUGCUCAUACAUCAAUCUACUGAGGCUCGAGGAUCGUCUUCGCAACAAUGAAUGGUAUUAUCAAGCAGCCAAAUGUGCAGCAAAGAUUUACUUACGAAUGCUCGAUAGGCCAGGAGACAUUUUUGAUAUAAGCGAGUGUGGUGAAGAAAUGAGUGCGGAAGAAAUCAAGAAAAUGAAAAGAAAACAAGCAAAGGUGAAGGCGCGUGCAGCAGAGAAAGAGCAACAAAAGACAAAAGGAGUAGCUGGUCAAGUUGAAAAGCAAACGAAAAAAGAAGAAGGAAUCGAACCGGUGGGAAUUAACAUUGAUCCUGAAGAGUUGCUGAAGACAAAAACCCCUCUUGAUGAAGCUUUGAAAUUUAUCGCGCCAGUGAUUGACUUGGGAUGCACACAUGUAACAGGAUACCUUUUGGGCUUUGAGAUUUAUUAUCGCAAGGAAAAGCCUCUGCGCAUGCUUCAAUGCUUGAAAGCUGCCCAGAAAAUUGAUCAAGCACAUCCACUUCUCCAUAUUGCCAAUGUGAAGUUCUUGCUUUAUCUCCGCAAUUUCAACCGUGAUGGAGUCGUUGGAGAACUCGUUAAAGAACUGACUGAAGAGCUUUUUGGUGAUGAACGAAAUCCGGUGGACUUCAACAAACGCUACCAGCAUGAAAUAGCAAAAGAUUUUGGAUCAAAGAUGGCUGUUCUUGAGUGCAAUAUUUUGCUGGAACCAGGAUCAGUUCCAGCGGCCAAGAAAACUAUAUUGGAAUGUAUAAAGGACGCCACUACACCUGGUCGUUCACUGAAAAUACUGAUCAAGAUGCGGGAUGCAAUUCGUUACGGUCGAUUUGGUGAAUGGUCGCGUGAUGAAGUUGCUGAGUUUAUGCGUGUUUGCCAUCUCGCUUACCCUUAUGCAAACGCUUUUGGUGGAGGUGCUAAAGAGAAGGAAAAUAUUGAGGCGUCAAAGGGCCAAAGUACCGAGAAUGGAGACGCAGAUCAC